AUGACAAACCCAAUGAUGUCUGUGAACUCUUUACUGACAUCAGGACAGCAGAAGGUCCCAAUGGUUCCCUCGCCAUUUGGGCCUCCCAUUGUGGACAGAGAUGUUUUGUCUUCCAGUAUAGCUCCAACUGACCCGAGCCAGUUUUGUGUUCCUUCCCAGUUUGGAUCCUCUGGUCUCCCAAAUGCAAAUAUGCCAAACCCACUGUCCGGUCACUUCUACUCAGGCUGGGGCAUUUUACCACCUGAACCCAUAAAGGCAGUGACCACAAGGAAUGAGAUGUUUGAAAGACAUCAUCACGCUGCCAGGGCAGAAAUGGAAAUGUAUUCUCUUUACCAGCAGCGUAGAAUGGAAAGAGUUAAUCCCAAAGGACUCUCUGGCCUGGGGAUACCACUCUUUUAUGGGUCAAGUUGCCUGGGUGGCCCUGCAGGUUUCCAGGGCAGGAGCACACUGCCGGCCAGUGAUGUGCAUUUGCACAGGAGCACCUUCCGACACCUUCAGGGAAACCCUAUUCUGCUAGCAACUAGGCCCCACUUUACAGAGUGCUGGGGCCAGAAGUACCGACUCAGGAGAGGCGCAGUUUACCAGAAGCCUCCAGAGAGUGACACUGAGAGUUUCAAAAGCCAAGCAGAAGAAAAAAGCUCAGGCCAGAUGCCCGAAGUUUCCUAUGAAGAGGAAGAGUAUAUCAAAGACCCAGAAAUUGAGGUAGACAACCAGCAGAAGCCAAGGGUCUCUGACGGAAAGCCACCUACGGUUCUCGCCAACCCCUACGGAGAGCUCCAGCCACACCAGAGGAAACCGGCUUCUCUGGAGGCAAAUGCAUGGCAUGAUGGGAAGGGAAAGCCCUCUGAUCAGACCUAUGAAGGCUGUGAUGGAAAGAAUGGGGUUUGCCGGCCAGUCUCCAUCCUGCCUCUGCCAGGAACACAUGAGCGGGUUGCACUCAGAGAAAACUGUUCUUUGUCUGAUAUUCAGAAGUGGACUGUGGACGAUGUGUAUAACUUCAUCAGAAGCCUUCCAGGCUGUUCAGACUAUGCCCAGGUCUUUAAGGACCAUGCAAUUGAUGGAGAAACACUGCCCCUUCUCACAGAACAGCAUCUUCGGGGCACCAUGGGACUCAAGCUGGGGCCAGCACUAAAAAUUCAGUCUCAGGUAUCUCAGCAUGUGGGAAAUAUGUUCUGUAAAAAACUUCCUUCACUUCCCACCCAUGCAAGGCAAGCAUUUGAUCAGCCAGCAGACACAUCCCCUCUUUUGGACAUUAGUUCCUGGAGUGAUGGUUUGAGCAUUCCCGGUCCCCAGGAUAUAAUGAGUCCUAAAAGAACUGAGCAGGACGUUAUGAGAAAUUAA